AUGUGUGAAGAGGAUUUUAAUCUUAAAAAGGAAGAGAUAAAAACUCUUGGGUUUUAUUCAGCUAGAUUUGAGAAGGGAAGCGAAUUUGAAAAACUUCAUUUACAAGGGUACAUUCAAUUUAACACUAGAGUUACUGGAAAAUAUAUAAAGCAACAUUUUGGAAACAAUUUACAUAUCGUUGUGCCAACUUUUAACCUAUGGAGAAAGCAGAAUUCAGAUAGACCAUAUAAAACUAGUGCAGAAUGCAGAUAUGAGUAUUCCGUAAAGAGAUAUGAUAAAUGUGCUGUACAUAAACAUUGGUCAUGUAGUUAUAUAGAUCCUGAAGAUGUAUGUGAUGAGUGUCUUCCAACAAAAGAAACCU